AUGACGAUCGACCUAGCGACGCCAGCAGAUGAUCAAACGGGGACAGGAACGGGCGGACAAAAUGGUGGUGGUACAAAUUCGACAGUCGGGGGGAAUGGGUAUGAGACCUUCAACGUGACAACCAGCGGGAAUGGAACAGUCAACGGAACAUCUUGGGAAGAAUGGAAGAUACCAGACAACGCCGGACGACCACUCGACGCCGACAUCAUCGCUUGUGCAAUAAUAACGUGGCUGAUUGCACUCACCUUUGUUGGGUUGCGGUUUUACACGAGGACCAAGUUGAACAGUGUGCUGGGGCCGGCGGAUUGGUGUCUCAUACCGUCACUGUUGUUUUCGGCUGCAGUAUCAGCAAGCGCGAUUGAGCAGUCUGUCAGAGGAGCGGGGAAGCACGCAUGGGUGGUCGACACCACGCAGUUGCCUGCGCUGGAAAAGGCAGCCUUUUACGGCAUCAUCUUCUACUCUUUGAGUCUCGCCUUCACCAGAAUCUCCAUCCUGCUACUCUACCGGCGCAUUUUCACCUACAGCUGGACAAAGCGGGCCAUUCAAGUCGGCAUCGUCGUCGUCUCCGCCAUUGGCCUUUGGCAUGUCAUAUCGGUCUGCACCGUAUGUGUCCCUCUCGACGCCUUCUGGGAUUGGAGCUACUUCGCCAUCCCAGGAAAGAAGGUCUACUGCCACCCCGCCAACGUGUGGUGGGUGAAUGCUGCUUUGCAUAUUGGAUGCGACUUGUUCAUCAUGGCUCUUCCCAUGCCAGCUCUUUCCAGACUGAAGCUACCACGGCGCCAAAAGAUGGCUCUAGUUGGCGUCUUUGCUUUGGGCUUCUUCGUUUGCAUCGUCUCUGUCCUCCGCCUCUUGGUUCUGAUCGAGAACAACCGCCAAUUUGCAGACUGGCUCAAGUACUAUAAGCCGUUCGACUCGACAUACAACAUGCCGCCCCUCAUGUACUGGACAAAUGUAGAAGUUAACGCUGCCAUUACUUGUGCAUGCAUCAUGACCCUCAAACCGCUUAUCCAGCGACUUUUCCCCCGGCUGUUGUCCACCGGUAGCCGUUACAUCCAUGACCACAGUCUCCCCUGGAUAACCCCUAUCCACAGCACCCAUAGGAGAAGCAUCCACAGCAGGCGAGGAUCCAGGCACUCAUUUGCUCACCCUCAAUCCCGCGCACAUCGACGACACCGCUCCGACUCUACCGCGACGAGCCCGAUGUCGGAGAUGAAACCAGGUGGAGAGGGCGCCUUGACGAGCGCGGACGAGUACGACAACUAUGAUCGUCGCGUCUAUAAUGAACUGUUUCGAAAAGAAGCCGCGCUGCGAAUAUCCGACCUCGAGGCUCGGGGGAUUCACCAUGGUGGUGGUGGUGGUAGUGGUAGUGGCACGUCGACCGCCUCGAUGCAGGAACGUGCGAAUAGGGGUAGCCACGAACUGGGACGGGACCGAGACCAAGAUUCCAUGUCCAUGACGGGCACAUCCCUUGGCGGGACAGUGUCACAUCAACUUCACGACACGUCGGAUGGGGAUGACGGUGAAGAUUCCCAGCUCAGAGCUCCGCCAAGGGCUCAUUUGCGAUUAUCCAUCCACGUGACAAGGUCGAUUCACGUCACUCGGUCACCGCCCAGCAACUCAGCCACCGGUUCCGAAAAGCUUGACGAUGCUGCUGACAUGCAGGGUAACCGUAACCAAAUCCGGGGCGAGCUGCGUGGAGAACAGUCCGGGGAGGUGGAGAUGGAGACUGCUUUCUCCAGAUCCAGGCCAUCUUUCGGCGGGGAUCCAAGAUACGCGCCGCCACGGGAAAUUGCUGGAAGGAGUGGUGACCAGGUCGAGACAGUUCAGAGAGACAAGCAGCACCCGGUGGUCUCGGCCCCUUGA